GUUCACGAUGGGAAGUUACAGGAAACUAACAAACUAUAGGUUCUCUUUUGACCUGAGUUCCCGAGGAACUUGAUAUUAAGUCAUGCCUAUCAUGAAUGGAAUACGCAUGUGCCGUACAUUCCACUGGCAUGCGUUCAUGGUAUUGAGAUAUCAGUGCGAAACGUUAUACACUUUGUGACAUGCGGAUUGAGCUUCCGGUUUCGAAUAAGUGACGAUAUUGUAGAAUAAAGUGCAAAUAUUUGGCAGUUUCCGAGAUAAAUGAUAACAACGUUAGUGUUUUAUUUACCAAGAAACUUAGAACAUUCAAUUUCCAUUGCUUUAUGCUUUACUGCAAUGCAUGAAAAACGAUUUUUUUUGAUAAGGCCUUAAUUUCUUGAAAAUCACGACACCUUCUCUACCUGAAAAUUUGUAAGCUGGCGUUUGAUAGAAGCAUUUGUAAGAAGUUUCGAUGUACAUCUCUAGUUCACUAGUAGACAGUCAACAAAGCAUUUUAUGGCAUUCAGUCAGUCCGGAGAUAAGCAGCUAUGUAUGGUUCCAUGGUGAUUUAAACAGAGAAGAAUCCCAAGCAAAGUUGCUGAGUCGACAUAAGGAUGGGAUGUACGUUGUGAGAAACAGCUCGCACCAAAGCUUUAGAUACUGUCUGUCUGUGUACUUCUCUACAAAAGUUUAUCACAUUCCCAUUCGCAUGGAAGACGGGAUGUUUUCGUUAGGGGAUAAACGCCAUCAUAACCCAAACUUCAGUUGCGUGCCUGAUUUAAUAGCCCACUUCCAGCAGUUUCCGCUGUUCCUUAAACGGGACAAAAGUUUACAAACAAAUUUGCUACUAGCCUUACCCAAGUGAUUGCUUCCGGUGAUUGC